AUGGUCGACCCACAGGAGACUCUUGUUGAUAUUGUUAAAAACAACCAAUUUAUCACCAAAUCAGAUGAUGAGGUUCUUGGACUUUUCAAGAACGCCUUUAAGACGGAGCUCAAUCAUCUAAAGAAUGCAAGUCCCACCGUGGAAUCCGGUGCAACGAGGAAUUGGGAUGGGACACCAUCACAGAAAGUCUUCGGGAAGGAUUUCCACGAAGUGAAUCGAACACUAACCAGCAUGUUGGCCAUCAAAUGGAUCCUGGCGGGCGACUAUGACACUUUCACAAGCGGUCAAGAUAACGGGAAGCUUGAAGAGGACUCUUUCAAAAAGUUGCGGAAGUUCUUUUGCCGUGGAUUGCCUACCCCAGAGGAUAUAUACGCUCUUAUUGUUGCCAUUGCAAUUGACGAUAUCGGGAAGGAUAAAGCUCUUGCCCAGAGCGUGGGAAUCCCGGAAAAGAACCAUGGAGAAGUGUUGCUCAAGGCCGCGGAGAAGGGAUUAGUGCCUGCGUUGGAAAGCAUCACAGAUCAAACCAAGAAACAUAAUAUCAUCCAGAGCCUGAGGAUCGGCUCGAAACUUGAUAUUUCACAAAUAGUCCAGGGGGAAACAGUCCCGCACAGCAUGCUUGCUCUGGAUAAUGGCCAGAAGCUCCAGGAUGCAUUCAAUAUCAAAGCCAUGGUAACAUUGCUGGAUGUGGGAGGGGCUGCUGCGCAUAGUGACCCGCGCGGGUGCAUUGUGAUGACGCAGCCGAUAUUCAGUCACUAUAUGAAGGCAAUUGAGCUCUUGGAUGAAUAUCGCGCGAUGGAAAACCCAGACUGGCCAGAAUGUUACGAUAGCUAUUUGGCUUACCGUGCUGAUAUUCUGAAGGCCGAUGGGUUCGCUUCACUAUCUACUAAAAUCUUGGAACAGCGUGCACUUCUUCGACUUCUUUGCAUGGGGCGAGUGGAGACUAAGGAAAAAGCAGAGCAGUUUCAGAACGCUAUUUCGACUUUGCCAUCUUCUAUAAAGACGGAUCUGGUGCAGGGACUGAGUGUAAAUGGCAUUCAAGAUGGCACUGCCAUUCUUCCCUACUACGCACCCGGUAUCCUGUCAGAGGUGCUGAGGGGUGUACCCGAAGAGAGAAUUGUCCAGUAUCUGGAAGCUUUUAUGCAGUUCCUGGCUGGAGUAUAUGAUGGUUUCAAACCUGAGCCUGGCGAGCCAGGUGCUCUUGAGGAACGUGACUUGGCCCCCAUGCAGGGCACGGUUAAAAGCCCCGAAUUCAAGAAUAAUCCAGGCAUCUUAGCAACGGCCAGACUAUGA